AAGCUUUCACACUUCUGAAGAAGAUUACUGUGGCAGGUGCCAGGUGGCUGGUUACCACAAGUUGUAAAACAAAAGCAAAGAUGAGACCGUUAAAACGUCGGAUUUCCAAAGUGAUUGAUCUCCAGUCUACUUCCACCCCAGCAAGGACUGGUGCCAUCCCUCCUUCGAUGGUAGAUCUGGCAGAUCUUACCCCGGUGAACAAAUUUUCCAGAGGACUUUUUGGUCAACGAAUUCAGUCACCAGGAAGCAACAGGUCUCAAUCAAAUGGGUCUCUAACAAAUACCAAGCAAUCAAAGACUCCUCCUUCUGCCGCUAAUCGCUCCAAGACUCCACCCACUGUCACCAAUUCCUCCAAGACUGCACCUCCUGUCACCAAUCACUCCAAGACUGCACCUCCUGCCGCCAAUCUCUCCAAGUCUCCACCUUCUGACAAUCGCUCCAAGUCUCCGCCUCCUGCUAAUCAUGUCAAGUCUCCAUCUCCUGCAAAUCGCGCCAGAACUCCCACUGCUGCAGUGGUGAAAAAAAGACGUACUACUAAGUCACCCCAAAAAAAGCAGCUUGCGGCGGCUAAAGCAGGCAGAGCCACUCCAAACCCAGACAAGAACGUUACAAAACCUGAUAAGACGGCCCCUGAUGAAAGUUUGAGGAAGAAGAAGCGUUUCCGACCUGGAACUGUUGCUCUGAGGGAAAUACGGCAUUUCCAGAAAACCUCAGAUCUGCUUAUUCCUCGCGCUCCCUUCGGCAGACUAGUUGGAGAAGUGCUCUGUGAUCUUGGCUGUUACAACUACAGAAUCCAGAAGCUGGCUUUAGAAGCACUCCAGGAAGCAACUGAAGGCUACUUGGUCCAUCUGCUGGAAAUGACGAACUUGAUAGCCCUGCACAACCGCCGGGUCACGAUUAUGCCUAAAGACAUGCGCCUUGUCAGGAGAAUCAGAGGCGACUUCUUGUAAGGAGCUAUCGAGCUUAUUUAACUGUAUUCGAUGAAACAUAUGCGUAAGAGAUUUUCUUUAAUAGCAUUCCAGUUUGCUGUGUGCCUACCCUGGAGGUAUUAGGCAUUGACCAGCAGUUCUGCAUGAUAGAGUUCUAGUUUCAUUAUUUAAAUGCAAUGGUGUACGUAGCUCCAAAUAACUAGUAAAAUAAUUCUAAUACCCAGAUUAGUUUUGCUCGACUCAUCUCUUCCAAGGUAUUUUUUUUUUUUGCUGUUAGCUAUCUUCUAACAAAUUUCAGUUAAAAAUUUUAGAGUUUAUCGCGACCGCAAAGUAUUGAAGGAUUACAUUUCUUUGAUGUGAAACAGAUGUAACUGAUCAUAGGCUUCAAAAUACUGUUCUCUGAAACUCUGCUAAACGAGCUUUUUCGCUGGAUCGUGUAUUAGAAGCAAGAGCGCCUUAAAUACUAAUAUUUUUUUAACUACAUGGAUUUGCAUUAUGUAACGAGUGGUACAAUGUAACGAGCUGAAGUGCAAUUAUGUACUCAGUUGACCUCUGAGUUUUAGACUAAAACUGAUCUGUAUGACUCCAUUCAUUGGAGGACUUUUUCCGUAGAUUUAAGUUGAGGGACCUGAUUAAGUUACCGUUUGAUGUAUUAAUGUCUCUUCAGCUUUGCUGUUGGGACCACGUAGUAGAACUUCUGUGUCCCGUGAAGAGACACGAAUAAUAAUGAAAUCUGACUUUUAGAGUAAUAAAAUGCUUCGUAGGAAAAUUUUUUUAUUGUUUCUUUAUAAACUCUUAAAGAUCACAGUGGUUCGCAAAGCAUGACUAACAGUUCAGCACCACAUAUACACACACACACACACACGUGUCUCUAGGUGUUGUCCUAAGGUAUACUCUAGUUGCCUUUAAUUUUAUUGAGAUAUACUCUAGUUGCCUUCAAUUUUAUUGAUAAUAUCGUAUGGUUAGAUUGAUAUGGAAGACACUUAAUGAAAACUUGGCAAUGCAGAACUUUUCAACUUCGGAACAAUAAAAAUUACUCUAAUCUACUUCCCGUUUAGUUAAUCAGAAAGUUACUUGCGGCAAGCAGCGUUACAUCUCCGCACGAGACGACUCAUUAAUUAUUCUCUUAAGAAUGCGAGUACGAACAUCGCAGAUAAUGUUGUGAGCAGAGUCGUCCAGAAUUAGAAGAACAAUAAGCCUAGAGUAAGUAAAGUAAUCAAUACAGAUUUGGAUAAUCGUUAAUAAGGAUUUCAACACACGAGUAAUAGAAGCUACAAAAAUAAGCAAAAGCCUAAACGUAUCACUAGGUUGCAGGGUAAACGUCAGAGAGAAGCUUGCAGGGACACAAAGUUCGUCGGGAAACCAUAUGUUGAUCUACCAAGUGUUUUUUAGUUGUUAAUCCUGAAUGCUUUGCUUGAAGGAUCAUUUAAGAUAUUCAUGGGAUCAAACUCGUCUAUAUGUCAGUAUAUAAAAACGACUAAUAAAACUGCAGGACAUCUGGAAUAAUUA